CUUGCCAAAUAUUAUCCGCUAUUCACUUACAAACAGAGAAAAAAAUAAUAAAAAGAUAAUGAAUAACAAUAUUUAUAAAACAGCUGAUCAAUCUAUUAUAAAUCCUUGUCAAACAUCAACACCUAUAACAUGUGAUAAAUCGAAAGGGAAAAGACGUGGUCGACGAUCUACUAUACCUCCAGAAUAUCGGGAACAAACAAGAAGAAUUAAAAAACAGAAUCUAGAACGCCGUAGAAGAGCUUGUAUAUCAGAUAAAAUGAAUGCAUUGCAUAAUUUAGCUAUGGAUUUAAUUGGUGAAGAUCCAACACAACAUCAAAAAAUUGAAAAAACUGAUAUCCUUAAUAUUUGUCAUAACGUCUUUGCAAAUGUUGUCGCCAUUGUAAAUGAACAACCAGAUAUACGUGAACGUGUAAAUCAAUUACGCAAUGAAUUCCAUGAUAAGCUGAAUUCAAAUCAACCCAAUUCAUCCAAAGAUAAAGAUAGUAGUAAUAUUAAUGCUAGUAAUGAAAAAAAGAAUUCAACAGAUUUAAUUCCUUUCACAUAUCCUAUGGAUACUCGUUUACACAAUCAACAUUAUAAUGAUAAACAGAGGAGUGCAAUGAAAUCACUUAAUUCUAAUGAUAUCAAUUCUCCACAAUUAACCAGUCAUCAAAAUAUUCAACACUUCAGUGGAAAAUAUCAUCCAACCAAUAGUACACCAGUAGCUUCAACAGAUAGAUCAAAUAAGUCAGUACUACUAAUCACUCCGUGCUCUCAAUCUGUAGAUAGUGGUAUUGAAGAUAUUGAGAAUACACCUGUCAGUAUUUCAUCUUCAUUACAAUCAAUAGAUUGCGUAAUUGGAAUACAACAAAAGAAAAUACCAAAGUAUGAUUAUUAUUAUCAUUCUUAUUCUUAUUCUUAUGAUCCUGAUCAAUCAAAUGUUGAAGUGAAUGAACAAGUAAUUGAUUUAUCAUUUAAAAAACAAAAUCAGAUAAUGAAUACGCACCAAUUCCAGUCGACUAAUACACAGAAUGUUUGGAGACCAUAUUUAGACUGAAAAACUUUCUGUAGAAGUUUUUCUUUUUUUUAAAAUUCCUUUCCCACUUUCCUUUCAGAUAAAAUAAAACAAAAGAAUAGUUAAGAGAACUAAUGUAUCGACUUAACAAAAUCAGAUUCAAUCAAUUUUUCAACUUCUUUCUUUCUUUUUUUGGUUAUUGAUUUCAUUUUUGUACCACUGACUUAGCCACGGUUUUAUUCCUUAGAAAAAGACAAAAACAUAUGUAAC